GGUUGUUGUCGGGCUGUCACGUGCGCGUGGUGUUAAGAGGAGUUGGUCUUCAAGAAAGAAGAUGCGACGAUUCUUUUUAUUCUCGAGGCUGGUGUUCGUGACGGCUCUGCUGGUCUUCCUGUCGGCAGCUGAGGGCCGUCUGGUGAUCCUGCCAGGGCCAGAUGACUCCCUGGACCGGUGUGACACCAAGCUGGCCCCGUACUCCCCUUCUGUGCCCGUGGAAGGGCUGAGAGGGAUAGUGCAGUACUUCCCGAAGCUGUGCGCCUUCAACUCGACUGUGCCUGAAGCGAUAGACGAGGCGAAGCGUGUGUGGCUGUUCGACACCUGCAGCGACCUCCACAUAUGGUCGAUAAUCCAGGUCGGCAACAGCAAGGCGGACGCUUUGGUGUUCACUGGCAGCAACUUCACGGCGAGGCGGGUGGACCGGCGGGACGUCAAGGUGCCCGUCCUCUCCAUAUCCGGCAAAGUGCCCAGCGAGAUCAAGCAACGCAUCGCAGAGGACAACCAGGCAAGCCAUGCCACUGCACACGCACUCACACAAAGGGGAGCCCCACACAAGUGGACAGGUGUGUGUGUGUAUGUGUGUGUGUGUUGGAUUGGCAGGUUGAGGUGCUGAUCGACCCGCACCGAGCGGACUGGUUCAACUGCGAGGAGUUUGAGUCGCUUGAGCUGGUGUACGCCAUCCUGGCGCCGUGCUGGCUGUGUGUGUCGAUUCUGUGGUCGCUCAACACCUACAAGCGGCCGCACGUGAGCGUCAACCACCUGCACCGGUUCAUGACGGUCGCCCCGGUCAUCAAGACGGGCGUGUCGAUGGCGGGCUUCCUCAUGUUCGUCCAGUGCCGCAACACACAGCUGCAGGACAGAGCCACCACGGUACGCAGAGGGUGCAAGAUAGCCGUGGCUGGAUGGAUGGAUCGGUGUGUGUGGCGUGUUUGGUGUGUUUGGUGUGUGUCAGUAUUUCGCCAUGUGUUACCUGUGGCUGAGCACCAUGUAUGUGACGGUAUUUUUCACCGUGGUGCUGCUGCUGUCCAAGGGGUGGAUGCUCACACGGGAGGUCUUCUCCAGGAAGGAGUCAAUGACCGUCGCCAUACUGGUCGGUCGGUACGCAGCACUGCACCGAGGCAGCAGAGCAGUGGUGUCGGGGUCGUGUCGAUGGGUCAUUGUCCUUUUUGUUCUCUGUCGUUUGCUGUGUGCAGGUAGGGUUAGUUUACGUGGUUCAGUCUGCCAACCAGCUGAACCCCACUUUAUUGAUGCCCGCCCUUCUGCUGCUCUACGGCGUCCUCGCCGUCAUCUCUAUCAAGUCACCCACCCCACCGACUCGACUCGCACACCGACAGAUAGCAGCGCCACCACGGUUCCUUCCUCCCUCCCUUGUUCGUUUGUGCUGCACAGGUCAUGCCAGCGGAACCUGCACCAUCUGCAACUGCGCCUCCAGUACGUCCGCAUCAACAGGCUGGAGGUGUUCCAGCGGUCCCUCAAGCUCAAGCUGCUCAUGUUCCGCGUCCUCAAAUACACGCUGGCGGUCUUCUUCCUCACCGUGUUCGUCAGCCGGUGCAUCCUGCAGACGCUGCUGGGCCUCUGGGCGACCGGCUAUGUGGUGCUGGCGGUGCUGGACUUCUGUGUGUGGCUGGUGCUGGCCGUCACCUUCCGCGCGAGGCCGCCCAUUCUCUACUGGGACCUCAUCCAGCGGCAGGAGCCAUCCAACCACGUCAUACCCAUGUACCACGCCAUGCAAGACCCCGACAACAGCAGCGGGGCCGGCACUCCUUGCCGACACACGCCUACCGCACAGCCGGUGGCAACACCGGCUAUUUCUGAGGGCGAGCCGCCUGUUGUCGUGGUGCUCAACCCCACUCAGUCUGAGUACGAGAGGCAACGAGGAAAGGACGACCACCAGCCAUGUGGCACCCCUAGCAGCGGCGGCGGCGAGGCGGCCUCGCCGAUGUCGCCCGACCCGUGGCACCCUCUGUCCCAUGUGGUUCUCGGCACACCAUGUGGCAGGCCGCCUGCACAUCAUGCGCACGGAGGAGGGGAGAGGGAGAGCGGUGCGUGGGACGCGCUUAGUGGCGGGGGGCUGUCGCCGAGUUCCGUGUCGCGGCCUCUGCUGGAGCCGUCAGAAAGGGACAGGGACGACGGGCAGGAUAACGGAGUUGCCGACCACAGCGGUCACCAAAGGCGGUGGUGAUAUAGACAUGGGUGGGAUGCCAGGGUAGGUAGAGCUUUGGGAGUCUUGUGAGUCGUCGUAUGGUAGGUAUGGUUGCGAGGGAGAAAGGACCGACCGACCGGCGUGUUUUUGUGUGGAGGUGGUGGUGUGUGUCUGACUGCGGCCGUCUGUAUGUCUGUAUGUCUGUAUGUAUGUGGAUACAUACAUACGGUGAGUGCGUGGGUGGCGUCGUGGGUGGGCGCAGCCAGCCACUGCGGCAGCCGCACAGACAGACAGGUGAGGUGUAUUUGGAGUGGUCACACACAAACGGAGGAGGAGAAUGCCAUGUGUACGCCAUGAUUGAAUGUGACACGCAUGUAAAAUUGUUGCUGAGUUCAGAC